CGACGUUCGACAGAGAAGCACCAUGAGGACCCAAAUGAUUUUGGUAACGAUCUGCAUUUGCCUUUGCAUUGCUUCAGCCGAGGAUCUGAAUUCAAACCCCGAGAUCCGUGGCGACGUGAUAAAGCUAUUAAAGGGAACCGAGAAGCUUGUCGUUGGGGUGGAGGAAGUGAAAAGAGUUCAAAAGGGCAUCGAGGAGAAGUUCAAGCAUCAACGAGAUGAGAUCGAACUUAUUGCAGGACUGGAGGGUGCACUAGCCCAACUGGAGGGAAAAAUUCUCAGUAGCUUCCAGGAAACUGCUUCCGGAGUUGGCAACUUGACUGCCAUUGUCAAGGCAACUCAGAGCCAAAAUGAACAGGCCAUUCAGAACCUAACAAAAGUGGAACUGGACAUCAGGAGUGCACUAGGUCAGCUGGCUAACAAUCAGAACAAAUACGAGCAGGACCUGGAUGCGGUGGCCUCGUCCGUCAACUCACAUCUAGGCGAGAUCCAGCAGCUGAUAGGUCAGGCCGUCAUCAGCCAGCUCUUCGGGUUGGACAACAAAGCCAAGGUUCUACAGCAGCAGCAGCGCAAUAUCAUUGGUCAAGUGGGAUACCUGGAACAACUUAAUGGCUUGGCUGAUCGCGCCAAUCGCAAGGUGAAUCAGCUGGAGUGGGGUCUAGUCAUACUCAAUCGCACCCAGUCCGAGAGCCUCAAAGGCAUCGAAAACACUGUUCAUGGAGUGCAGGUGGCUACUUCUCAGAUAGAUAAUAAACUUGGUGCCCUGCUGGACAACCAGAAGAGCAUUGAAAAGACACUGGAGGGCUGCAAGCGCCAAAACCCCCCAAAUCAUAAGCCCCACGAGGUCUGGACCCAUCCGGAAUACGCCCCCGGUUCGCAAUCAAAGCCGUCGCAGAAACCGGGCUUCGAGAGCAGAUAUGCCUCCGAAGAGGAGGCUGACUACCUUCACAAGCUGUGGUACGGUAAAAGGCAGGAGGAGUAAUCUAGACAGCUCUAAUCAAACAACCCUAGCCAAUUUAUAAGAAAGGCCUCGCCUUCAUAUUUGUAUCUGCCUUUAACUCCUCUUUUACUUUCCUCAAUAUAUUAAAAUUGAAUAAAAGUACAUCUAAUUGUUCAA